AUGGUGAAUCCAAAAGGUAUUCGGCGUGGUACACGCUAUAUGUUUGCUAGAGCAUUUCGAAAACAUGGACUUGAACCGUUGUCAACAUUUUAUCGGACUUAUAGACGUGGUGACAUUGUUGAUAUCAAAGGAAACGGUGCUUUUCAGAAGGGUAUGCCUUUCAAGGCAUAUCAUGGACGGACUGGGCGUGUUUUUAAUGUCACCAAACACGCUGUAGGAGUUCUGGUCAACAAACGUGUUAGGAAUCGCAUUAUACAAAAGCGUAUUAAUGUUCGUAUUGAGCAUGUAAGACCGUCGAAAUGUCGUCAGGAUUUUUUGAAUCGAGUUAAGGAAAAUGAGGAAAAGAAGAAACUCGCACGAGAGACUGGUCAAAUGGUACCUAUCAGAAGAAUGCCAGAGGAACCGAGGAAAGCUCAUUUGGUCAAGACACGUUCCAAUAAACCGCAACUGCUUUUUCCAGUCAAAUUUGAAAUUAUCGCCUAA